UCAGUUUCCUAUAUAACCGACAAGCUCGUGCUUGCUUGCAUCAGUCAUAUUCUCGACGCACCGACAACAUGAACGCUAUCAUCUUCACCUGCCUUUUGGCCGUGGCCGCCGCUCGCCCCGACUCAGGCUACUCCGCUCCCAGAUCUGGCGGAGCCAGCCGCGAGGUCCCCAUCCUGCGUGACGACCGCGUGUACCCCAGCGCCGCUGGACAGUACAGCACCGACACCGAAACCGGAGAUGGCAUCGUGAUCUCAGAGUCCGGCUACGGCUCAGGCCCCGAUGGCGCCGUCGAGACCCAAGGAACCAUCCGCUUCACCCACCCCGAUGGAACCCCCUUCGAACUGAAGUUUGUUGCUGAUGCCGCCGGUGGAUACCAGCCCGAGUCUGCUGCUCUCCCCGUGGCCCCUGCCUUCCCUCACCCCAUCCCUCAGUUCGUCCUCGAUCAGAUCGCCUUCGCCGCGACCCAGAGAGACGACUCUGACGAAGACAGACGCUCGUACAACUAAGAUUUCGGUUGCGAUAAUAUUUUUGGUCAGAAGAAUAACUCACCAUUGAAUGGUCAGUUGUUCACUUCAACACUAUUUAUGAAUCUCCACAAAUAAAGAAUUAUAAACGUUA